AUGAUCAGCGAUACUUUAAAACCAAUAGUUAAAACCAAUAAAGCAAUAAUUACAUCACAGUAUGCUCUUUAUAAAAAUGCUGGCCCAUAUUUAUUACCGAAUGACUUUAAUGAGAUUCCGCAAAAUUUACAGAUAAAGAUAUUAUACAGGAGGUUCUUUAGGUUACGUCCAUUUGUUUCCACUAAGGAAAUGAUACAGUCUAGUUACACUAAUUACAUUCGAAACAAGUUUAGAGAGAAUUAUGCUUUAAAACGUAAGAUCGCAUUGGGUAUUGACGAGCCUCCUUCUAUAGAUAAAGAUAUCAAUUCUGGGGUGAAAACUUUGGCAUUUGUUACUAAGGCUGUUUCUUUAGUCGAUACGAAGAACAAUAAUGGAAUUUUAGAGGAUAAUGCAAUAUGCCAUAAGUUACUGAAAAACAUUUUGUCAGUUGAAUACCAUCGCAGUGUUCAAUUCAAGUUGCCGCGUGAGUAUCAAAUACUUAGGAUAAGCUAUGAAUAUCUGAAUAGUAAUUUUAAGAGGUUGGAAUAUAAAUCAUUGAGAAAUAACGACAUAUCCAUUAUACAGUUGAACGAACUACUUGGAACUAGGCUAUAA